UACUCCGUCUAAAAAAAAACCUGUUUACCUGCCUGGAGACCGUGGGGUUUAUUCUUCAUUAUUCUCACCCCAGGGCAAAAAGAGACAACUCUCCAUCCACGGUGGCAAGGCUGGGGUUCUGAGUGUGUCCCCUCGAGCACUGCGUUCCGCUAAGGAUUUCGAAGAACUGGUCGCAAAUCCUCCUAAGCCACCAGCAUCUCGGUCUUCAGCUCACACCAGCCCUGAGCCCCAGCCUGCGGCCAGGGGACCACGCACGUCCCACCCACCCAGCGACUCCCCAGCCGCUGCCCACUCUUCCUCACUCAUGGGGAACAGCAAAAGUGGGGCCCUGUCCAAGGAGAUCCUGGAGGAGCUGCAGCUGAACACCAAGUUCUCGGAGGAGGAGCUGUGCUCCUGGUACCAGUCCUUCCUGAAGGACUGUCCCACCGGCCGCAUCACCCAGCAGCAGUUCCAGAGCAUCUACGCCAAGUUCUUCCCCGACACCGACCCCAAGGCCUACGCCCAGCAUGUGUUCCGCAGCUUCGAUUCCAACCUCGACGGCACCCUGGACUUCAAGGAGUACGUCAUCGCCCUGCACAUGACCACCGCGGGCAAGACCAACCAGAAGCUGGAGUGGGCCUUCUCCCUCUACGACGUGGACGGUAACGGGACCAUCAGCAAGAAUGAAGUGCUGGAGAUCGUCAUGGCUAUUUUCAAAAUGAUCACCCCCGAGGACGUGAAGCUCCUUCCAGACGAUGAAAACACGCCGGAAAAGCGAGCCGAGAAGAUCUGGAAGUACUUCGGAAAGAAUGAUGAUGAUAAACUUACAGAGAAAGAAUUCAUUGAGGGGACACUGGCCAAUAAGGAAAUUCUGCGACUGAUCCAGUUUGAGCCUCAAAAAGUGAAGGAAAAGAUGAAGAACGCCUGAUGCCAACUGUUCAGCUGUCCUCCCUCCACCUACCACUCACAUGACACCCGUGAGCGCCUGCACACACACACACACAUGCACACACACACACAUGCACACAUCCACCCCAGGGCCAAGAGAAAGGCCUGCACAUAAGCCCACAGCACAGCUCCCUGCCAAACUGAAGCAUCUGUAGUGACUCACGGGGGGUCUUCAGCAUUCCCUCCCAUCAUGCCCGGUCCCACCCCUCCCUCUGUCCACCAGCCCAUGGCCCUGUGCUAAUCCCAGGAUUAGGCCAUAGGAGUCCUAAGUGUCACCCUGCUGUAAGCUCCUUUGUGGAGUGCUGGGUAAGCAGUUUCCAAUAAACGCAAGCUGAGCUGGG